AUGGCGGUAGCAAACACAAUGGCGUUUUUAGAGUCGCUUCUAAAUUGGGUUUCAUUAACGGAUUUUUGGUCGAAUUAUGUUUGGCUUGGAGCAUUUGUUUUGAUUGUUGCGUUAAUCCGUUUUCUCAAUGUACUGAGUUAUCCGGAAAAGCCCUGGGUAACAUAUAUGCAGAAGACAACACUUAGCAAGAAUCAAAUAUCGAUCGGUGAUAUGUUAAAUCGAUGUCCCAUUCUGAACGAAAUUUACUCACCGCCGUUACUAUGGGGUCGAAGUGGUCAUCUACAAACAGCAUCAUACGGGCUGUUCGGGCAUGCAUCACUCAUCCGGACUUACGAUUGUCGGCAUGUUGUGAAGCUGAGUGAUGGAGCAUCAGUCGUAUUUGAUGUUUUCGAACCUGUUAAGCCGCAUUCUUUGAGAAAAGACCUAACACUAGCUUUAUGUCCCGGUAUUGCGAAUACGAGUGAAUCAAAUUACAUCCGCACUUGUGUUCAUUAUGCUCAGGAAAAUGGAUAUCGUUGUGCCGUAUUGAAUCAUCUUGGCGCGCUAAAGCAUGUUCCGCUCACAUCAAAUCGUAUAUUUUCUUACGGUGGAACAGAAGAAAUGGAAGAGAUGAUGGCACGUUUACAUGAAUUAUAUCCGUCCACUCGUUUCUUUUGCGUUGGUUUCAGUAUGGGUGCAAAUAUAACCACUCGUAUGAUUGCUAAAUUAUCGUCCGAUUGUGUUCAGCAUCGAAUUAUUGCUGGACUUUCUGUUGCACAGGGAUAUUGUGCCACAUCAUCACUUUCGCUGUAUCACAAUUGGGAAAAUGGUCGUCGAGCAUAUAAUUAUUUGAUAACGGAAAAUAUGAAACGACUGCUAAGAAGAAAUUACGAUAUGGCAGUAGCACCGCACGUCAGAACAGGUUUAAUAGAUGAACAACACUUGUGGGCAGCAACGUCAAUAAUGGCACUGGAUGAUUCAUACACUCGCCGUAUAUUGGGUUACGAAAGUGUGGAAGAAUUUUAUCGGGACAUCAGUUCCUUAUCAGUAAUUCCGAAGAUUAAAAUACCAAUGAUUUUCGUGAAUGCGUUAGAUGAUCCGCUUAUACCACCUUGUCUCUGGCAUCCGGUUCGAGAAUUAGCUGCAACAAAUGGACAUUUUGGCUUCGUUCUCACAAAACAUGGUGGACAUCUUGGCUUCUUGGAAGGUAGCAGUAUUGCUCCAAACUCUGUCACCUGGCUAGAUCGUUUUAUCGUUGAACUAGCAAAUUCGGUUGCUGUCGCAUAUUAUGAAAAUGAAUGA